AUGAAGUCUGCCAGCAGACUGUUCUUCCUCUCAGUAUUUGCACUCUGGGGCUCUCCAGUUCAAUGCGAGAGCGCCCAAGAUGAUUGUGCGAUCUCCCCUAAGGCUAUCGUCUCCGACGCAUGCGCCUCCUACUCUACCCUCGACAGACUGAACGCCAAGGUCAAGCCCCUCGUUGACGACCUCACCAAAUCCACCGACUUCUUCUCGCACUACCGGCUGAACCUUUUCCACAAAAAAUGCCCCUUCUGGAACGACGAGAACGGCAUGUGCGGCAAUAUUGCCUGCGCCGUAGAGACGCUCGACAAUGAGGAGGAUAUCCCUGAGGUUUGGAGGGCGAGUGAGCUCGGAAAGCUGGAAGGCCCCUUGGCAAAACACCCUCCCAAAAAGCUGCAGCACGAGCGACCCGAACGACCACUACAAGGAAAGUUGGGAGAAGGAGUCGGUGAGAGCUGCGUGGUGGAAUACGAUGACGAAUGUGACGAGCGUGAUUACUGCGUGCCAGAAGAUGAGAGCGCAAGUUCCAAGGGAGACUACGUGAGCCUCAUACGCAACCCCGAGCGCUUUACCGGAUAUGCCGGCGUCGGAGCUGCGCAGGUCUGGGAUGCCAUCUACCGCGAGAACUGCUUCCAGAAGAGCUCCUUCCCCCACUCGGCCUCCCUGGGGCAGACACAGAUCAGCCACAAGGGCCCCGCAGCGCAAGACUUCAGACAAGUCCUCGAGGCUGCUGGCCGACAGCAAGCUCUGGAACAGAUGCGAGAGAAGCAGCCCAACGCGCCUUUUGUGGCCCAGACCGGCUUGGAGGCUGAGGAUGAGUGCCUUGAAAAGCGCGUCUUCUACCGUGUGGUCUCGGGUAUGCACGCAAGCAUCAGCACGCACCUUUGCUGGGACUUCCUAAACCAAACCACUGGUCAGUGGACACCCAACCUAGCCUGUUAUAAACAACGGUUGCACACCCACCCCGAGCGCAUCAGCAAUCUGUAUUUCAACUAUGCACUCGUGACCCGCGCAAUUGCGAAGCUGGGCCCCUACCUUCAGGGUCGAGACUACACUUUCUGCACAGGAGACAUGGAUCAGGACGCCGCUACCCGGGCCAAGGUUCUCGAGGUUACGGAAGGUGCGGCUAGUGUCCCGCAGAUCUUUGACGAGAGCCUCAUGUUCAAGAAUGGCGAGGGUCCGUCUCUUAAGGAAGAUUUCCGGAACCGCUUCCGCAACGUCAGCCGCGUCAUGGACUGUGUUGGCUGCGACAAGUGCCGGCUCUGGGGCAAACUUCAGACCAAUGGAUAUGGAACUGCUUUGAAGGUUCUUUUCGAAUUCGACAACGACAGCCAGGAUAUUCCUGUGCUGAAGCGCACUGAGCUUGUUGCACUCUUCAACACAUACGCCCGUCUUAGCAGCUCGCUGGCUGCCAUUGGCAAGUUCCGAGCUAUGGUUGAUGCUGAGGAGGCUCUUGCCGCUGCUGCUACUGCCGCCACCGCCGCCGAGACGACCAGCGAAAUUCCCGACAGGGCGAAGAAGCCGCAUCACGUGGUCACCUCAUCGGAAGAAGAUCAGGACGAUGAUGAGGAAGAAGGCUUCCCACAGAAACGAAGACAGCCAACGGUCAGAGAAGCUUUUGACGACGAAUUCGGACGCUUCAUCCGGGCCUUCAAAUUUGUGAUUCGCCGUUGGAUUGGCUUCCCCAGGACUCUGUUCAACGUCGUCGUUGUCGAGCUUAUCAGGGUUUACCAGGGCUUCGUCGGUCUGCCCGUUACGCAAAGGAACUGGAACUUUGAACGACCGAACCUGGACGAGCUGUAG